AUGUCCAGGCCAUGGACAGUGGCGGCCAUCAAACAAGCCGCCAUACUCGUACCUGCACGUACGCCUUCUACGUACAUCCUCCGAGCCCUAGUAAUCGGCUCUUCGCUUUGCAACAACGCCUCUGGUCCCUUCAAUAUCAAUUACGCCCGACGUGGCCCCGAGUGUGGAGGAACAAGCGCGUCGGGGAUAAUCGCCUACCCCUUGUCCGUAACGCGACAAAUGCCCGGCUGGCCAAUUGCAUUCCCUGUUAUGCCGCAAGACGAGAUCCUGCAGCAGCGCUUCCAGCUCACGGCAGCAGCGCAUCAUCCGUUUUGA